AUGAUAAUUGCAGGAAAAGCAUUCACGGGACGUGAAUUUGAUGAUUUGCCACCGGAACAACAGAGUGAUGCAUGCCGACGAGCGAAACUUUUUGCACGUGUGGAACCGGCUCACAAAUCAAAAAUUGUCGAAUUUCUUCAGUCACAUGGUGAAAUUACUGCAAUGACCGGCGAUGGGGUCAAUGAUGCACCAGCCCUGAAGAAAGCCGAAAUUGGAAUUGCAAUGGGUUCGGGCACAGCCGUUGCAAAAAGUGCAUCAGAGAUGGUGUUAGCUGAUGAUAAUUUUGCAACAAUUGUUGCGGCCGUGGAGGAAGGACGUGCCAUUUACAAUAACAUGAAACAGUUCAUUCGUUACCUCAUUUCUUCGAAUAUUGGAGAGGUUGUAUCGAUUUUUUUGGUCGCAGCCUUGGGUAUACCGGAAGCAUUGAUUCCAGUACAAUUGCUAUGGGUUAAUUUGGUCACUGAUGGUCUUCCGGCUACGGCACUGGGCUUUAACCCGCCUGAUCUGGAUAUCAUGGACAGGCCACCACGAUCUGCUGAAGAAUCGCUUAUUUCCAAAUGGCUUUUCUUCCGUUACAUGGCUGUCGGAUGUAAGUGUGUUUUUGAACUAAAUUUGGAAUGA